GUCCUUCUUCGACCAGGACCCCAAGGCGAAGGUGCGCUGACCGCUGCUGACUCGUCUCGCUGCACUCACACCGUCUCCCACAGUUCAGAGGCAGAGGCCAAUGGACCCGCCCACGCAACGCCGCGCCCCACCCGCACAGUGACAGGGCCGUCGUGACGGGCCCGCCCAUCAUGCCGUCGACCCAGACGCGCACGAAGCUGAAGGCCUUCCAGCUCGACGAGUCGCUGGCCCUCGACCCCGACAAGGAGAACCGCCUGGACCGCACCGCCACGGCCGCCGCCACGCCCAAGACCUCCAAGGUCGCCCGAGACAUCGAGGACGCCUUCGAGACCCCGCGCCUGCCGCCGAAGAGGUCCUUCCCCCCGCCGUCGACGCCUGGCACGAGGCUGCCGCUGUCCGACCUGGUCGGCAACACCGACGACACCUCGCGCCAUGCCUCGCUCGCCGUGCUCUCGCCCGAGGAGCAGCUGUUCUGGCGCGGCUCACAGCCCGCCAACACCCCCGUGCCGCGCAAGAACCGCAAGCGCGCCCACAGCUCCUCGCCCGUUGCCCCGUCGCAGGACGACGCGCGGCUGAGCGCGCGCAAGCCCGGCCUGACCACGCCCCAGGCCGACCCUGCCACCGACCUCUGGUCGCGCUACACCAGCAAGAAGACGCCGACCGUCACCAGGAAGAGCGUGGCCUUUGCCCAUCUCAUCGACGAAUCGUCGCCACGCUCUGCUGCCGCCGCUGGUAGCGUCAACGGCCUGCGGCGCUGGGCGAGCUGUGGGGUCGAGUUCCCCGCAUCUUCCAAGAAGCGACGGAAGACGCACGCCGUCUUCCAGGCCGACCACGAGGACGACACCGAGGACCUCUUCGCCGCUGUGCCCAGCUCCGACAGCGUCAUGCAAGGGCACGCUUCGACGACGAAUCUCGCCAGCAUCGUGAAGCGCAUGAAGCAGUCCAUCUCGAAUUCGCAGGAGCAACCGCCGUCCAGCUCGUCGCCACUCCCUGAAAACGGGCAGCCUCUGCUUGGAUUCCCAGAGUCUCCGCUGAAGAGACAUUCCCCAAGACAAGCAAUCGAUGCGGACGCGUUCGACCUGCCACAGACCGACGAGUACAUGCCUGCCGACGACCUUGUCACCGAGGACCAGGAGCUUCCUGAAGAACGCAACGAGUCGCAGCUGCUCGAAGUCGAGCACGAGUCCUCCGCCUCGUCUGACGAUUUCGGCGAGGUCGACUUCGACACCGACAUGGCCGAGGCUGUAAAUGCUGGAACCCUGGCUACCGAGACGACGUCUUCGCGCGUGCAUCCCUCAGUACCAGUGGAGGAUGCACCUGUACCCGUUGCCGCGCCACCAGUGCCUGCCGAUAGUGAGGACGAUUUCGGGAUAGAAGACGAUGAUGACGUGUUCGCUGCAGAUCUUGAGCAGGCAGCGUCCUUUUUUGACGACCGACCGCUGGCAUCAUCAGCGCCUAAGGCUCCGCUUGAGGUGCCUUCCAAUGCUUCAGCUAUUCCCGUCAUCGACUUGGUUAAUGAUGAUUCUGAUGACUUUGGGGAUGACAUAGAUCCCGAUGAGUUUGCUGCCGCAGAAGUAGCAGCUACUCAAACGCCCGUAACGAACACUGUAUGUAGAACACGCGCCACCCGUAAUGAAAUGUAUAACUAAGUUUGUAAG